ACAAUGAGAGACUUUGAUUACCCAUGUUGUGAGGUCAAUUUCUGGGUGUAUCUGAUUAUAUGUCUGGUGCUUGUGUUACUGGCAGGAACUGCAUCAGGCCUAACUAUAGGACUAUUAUCAUUCAGCCAUGUUGAUCUUGAGGUCCUCAUUAAGGCAGGCAAUCCUAAAGAUAGAAAACAUGCAGAAAGGAUUCUACCUAUUGUAAAGAAAGGACAUUUUGUCUUGUGUACCCUUCUUCUAGGAAAAUCACUUGCUAUGGAGGCACUGCCAAUUUUUAUGGACUCAAUCAUACCACCUUGGUUUACUAUUAUCAUGUCCGCACCUUUGGCUACUGUAUUUGCAGAGAUUUUACCUCAAGCUGUAGGCUCAAGAUAUGGACUAACUUUAGGAGCAAAAAUGGCUCCCUUGGUUCGACUGCUUCUACUGAUCUUCUUCCCUAUAACCUAUCCAGCUAGUAAGGUGCUGGAUUGGACUCUAGGGAAAGAGCAUUCAGUUCUUCUGAGAAGAUCAGAAUUGAAGACAUUUGUGAACUUACAUGCAAAUGAGGCAGGGAAAGGUGGAGAGUUGUUGCGUCAUGAAACUUCUAUAAUCACAGGUGCUAUGGAUUUGACUCAGAAGACAGCUAAAGAUGCAAUGACACCCAUAUCUGAAACUUUUUCUCUUGAUAUAAGUUCCAAGCUAGACAUGCAUACAAUGACACAAAUAAUGAGCAAAGGUCACAGUCGAAUACCUAUACAUUCUGGACACCCAAGAAACAUUGUUGGCCUCAUCUUGGUUAAAAAUUUAAUCUUCUGCCGCCCAGAAGAUGAGACCCCAAUCAAGAAUUUGAUUAUCAGGAAAAUUCCUAGGGUUUAUGAAAAUUGGCCACUAUAUGAGAUAUUGAAUCAAUUCCAGAAGGGACACAGUCAUAUGGCUAUUGUCUUAAAAAGCAACAAGGACACAGAGAGCACUACACCUCAUGCUGUGGAUACACCUACCUUUUUUAAUAUAAUUACUCAUAAAGUAUCAAACCCAGCUCAAAUUACUGGAGGUAACAUUUUAAGGAAUUUAACCAUGGGAUCAUAUAAAAUCAAACAAUAUUUUAUUAAAGAUGAAUUGGAAAACAAAAGUGGAAAAUGUUUCUUGGAUGAGAAUAAAUCACUUAUGUUUUUCCAACUGGGAUCUGCAGAAUCAAAUUCUUCCUUUGCCUUGGACAUGAGUCAGACAAGUUCUAUUCCUGAACCCAUUUUAUCAUCUAGUGAUGUGGAAAUUCUUAGUCCAACAUUGCAACAUGUCAUGGAACUAGACAAUGAACUAGUUCAACAAUCCAGACAGUGGGAGCUAGAAAAUAGAUAUAUCUCACAAGAACAAAUAGAGUCUCUUCAAGAUGUUUUGGAUGAGGAAGUCAUUGGCAUCAUUACAAUGGAGGAUGUCAUGGAGGAACUGUUACAGGGAGACAUACUGGAUGAAACUGAUGAAUAUGUUCAGGCUCAAAGGAACAUAAAAGUUAACCUGCUGCAAUCAGAAAGACCACAAUCAAGAUCAUCAAGGAUAGCUUCUGGGUCUGGUCAUCGUUGA